GCUAUUAUGUUAAUGUUAGCCCGUGGCUCUUGGCAGGAUAUCCAACGCUGUUUAGCCAUCUUAACUUAUUUAUGCAUGAAUGCUGUCUACGAAAAUUUCCGUGAACAUUUUUGGAGCAACGAUGAUAAAGUCAAUAAUGAAAAUUUAUAUUUAAGAUUAUUUUUCUAUGUUAAUUCUUUAAUUCUAAUAACAUUGUCAUGGCGUAAAUACGAUGGUCAUGAUAUUAAGGCGUUUAUUGUUAAACAAAUUAAAAAAUAUAAUACACUGCGUAAGAAGGCGAAAAAGAAGAGGAAAAGAAAACGUACUAAUAAUGUAAUUGUAAUGUAAAACAUACUUAUAGAUUUGUAUUUUUUUUUUAUUUUUAUUAUUAUUUUUUUUUAUUAAUUUUAAGCAAAAGAAUAAAAAAAAAGAAAGUAAAUUUUUGUAAAAGUAAAA